AUGAUGCAACACUAUGAGAUGACAGACUUGGGUCUGUUGCACCAUUUUCUUGGCAUGGGAGUGGAACAAACUGAUAAGCAUAUUUUCAUUCAUCAAAAGAAAUAUGCCAUGAAAAUUCUUGAGAAGUUUGGAAUGAGAGACUGCAAGUCAGUGGCAAUUCCAUUAGUGGUAAAUGAGAAAUUGUGUAGAGAAGAUGGAAGUGAAGCAGCAGAUGAAAAUGAAUUCAGACAGAUUGUAGGGAGUCUGCUUUAUCUGACUGCCACAAGACCAGAUGUCAUGUUUGCAUCUAGCUUGCUUGCUAGGUUUAUGCACAAUCCCUCAAAGAAACACAUGGGAACUGCUAAACGGGUGCUGAGAUACAUACAAGGCACAUUAGAUUUUGGAAUUGAGUUUGCAAAGGGGAAAACAGCUACUCUAAUUGGGUAUUGUGACAGUGACUGGGCUGGGAGUGAGGAUGAUAUGAGGAGCACCUCAGGAUAUGCCUUCACACUAGGCUCAGGCAUGUUCUCUUGGGCUUCCAUCAAGCAAAACACAGUUGCUUUAUCUACAGCCGAAGCUGAAUAUGUGAGUGCUGCAGAAGCAACUUCACAAGCUAAGUGGCUCAGAUUUGUGCUUGAAGAUUUUGGUGAAGAACAGGUAGGAGGGACUCCAAUUCUAUGUGACAACACCUCUGCAAUUGCAAUGGCAAGGAAUCCAGUUCAUCACCAAAAGACAAGACACAUCAGCAGGAAAUUUCAUUUUAUAAGGGAAGCCAUUCAAGCAAAAGAAAUUGAACUGCCUAAGUCCCAAUCAGACCCAUACCUGACCGGUGAUGGUGGAGCUUCGUUGUGGGAGAGAGAGCGAGGAGCUGUGGGAGGAGGAGGCGGAACUCGACCCUUGGAGGCGGUGGUGAGAGGAGCUGAAGGAGGAGGAGGCGGAACUCGACCCUUGGAGGUGGUGGUGAGAGGAGCUGAGGGAGGGAGAGGUGGAUGUCGACCGUCGGAGGUGGUGGUCUGUUACCCGAGGUGUCGUUGA